AUGAGCUCAAUAGUGGAUGAAGAAUGGUCUAGUUUGACUAUCCAAUUGGCCAAUGAUCCUGAAAAUUUCCAACAUUGGGAAUCUUUAUUAAAUUAUGUUUCAAAAGAUUUAACAAAAUUAUCACCAUUACCACAAAUUGAAAGAUUUAGAAUAACUUUUGAUCAAUUUUUAUUGAAAUAUCCUCAAGCUGAAAAAUAUUGGUCUAUAUAUGCUGGAUUGGAGUUCAAAUUAGGGAAUACCGAUGUUGCAAAGUUGAUUUAUGAAAAAGGGUUAAGUUUUAUAUCAUAUUCAUUAUUAUUAUGGACAGAUUUUUUGAAAUUUUUAAGAGUUAUUGAGUUGGAUUAUGGAAAAUUAGUUUAUUUUUAUCAACAAGCUGAAUUCAAAAUUGGAUUUCAUUAUCAUAGUUAUGAAUUUUGGAAUGAUUAUUUAGAUUUCGAAGAAAAAUAUAAUGGUAAAUCAAUUUAUUAUUAUGGUAUACUACGGAAAGUUAUUGAAUUACCAAUUUAUAAUUUUGCACACUUUUUCCAAAUUUGGCUUAAUGAAAUUGAAAAUAUUAAUAUAAAGAAUUUCAACAAGAUUGUUAAUGAAUCUGAUCUUACUAAUAAAUUAAAAAUUGAUUUAGAUAAACAAGAUUUAAAAAAAUUAGAUUAUCAUGAAUUAGGAUUAAAAUUGAAGAAAAUUUUCACAGAUUUAUAUAUAACAGUUCAAUAUAGAUCAUUUGAACUGUAUAAUUUUGAAAAAAAUUUGAAAUUAGAAUAUUUCAUACCAGAUUUUUUCAAAUCAUUUGAAGAAUUGACUAAUUGGGAUAAAUAUUUAGAUUAUGUUGAAAUUAAUGGAACAGAAAAACAAAUUAUUCAAUUAUAUGAAAGAUCAUUAAUACCAUUAUCCAAGUAUAAUAAUAUAUGGUUGAAAUAUGCAAAUUAUUAUAUUGGAGAAUCAAGAGUUUUAGAUGCCAAAAAUAUAUUAAAUAGAUCAUUAAUUUAUGUUGAUUCUUCAAGAGCUAUACCAAUUUAUAUUAAAUUAUCAGAAAUUGAAAUAUCAUUAAAUAAUUAUAUCAAGGCAAAAGAUUUGUUAACUACAGUUUUAAUAAAUUUCCCAAAUCAAUUAAUUAUCUUAUUCAAAAUUAUUGAUUUAGAAUAUUUAAUUAAUCAUAAAAAUUUAGGUUUUUUCAAACAAUGGGUUAUAAAAUUAAUUUUGAAUAAACCAAUUGAAUUAAGUAUUCAUUUAUUAAUUCAUUUAUCAAACUUUAAAAGUUUAACAAUUGAUAACAAAUUAUUAGAUUCAAUAAAUAAUGAUGAAAGAUUUAAUAAAAUUUCAAAAUUUUGGAUUUUUUAUCUUGAUAUUCAAUUACGUUCAAAUAAUUCAAGAUCUGAAUUAAUUAAAACUUAUAAUUUAGCUUUAGAAAAUCUUGGUGAUGAUGAUGAAUUAUUACAAAAAUGGUAUGAUGAUUAUUUAAGUUAUGAUACAGAAGAUGGUAUCAAAAAAUAUUUUAAUAUAAAUAGGAAACUUGUAUUGAAAUAA